AAUGUUAGCAGGCAAGGGUGUAUAGCUUUUCGUGGAAGUGUGACUUGGAUACCUGACCGUGGCAUCUUGUGAACCUCCAAGGGACUAGAGAGAAAUUUUUUGGAACAUUACAACAUGUUUAACAAUGCAAAAAGGUCACUGUUUGAAUUUCUGGGGUUACCAACAGAAGCAGAGUUACCUGUGGAAGACAAAGAGGAACUGAAACAGCGAUGGCAGGCAAGAAGGAAGAAGACCCUUCUGAUCUCCCCAGGAAUGAGGCAGGUGGACGAGCUGGACUAUUCGAGCGCUACUUGGAGCACCACUCGGAGGAAACCACAUAAAAAACCUAAAAAACCUGUGGCAAGACUGUUAUUGGAUUUCUCAGCUUCCGCAAUGGGAUUAUCCAAAGAAAGGAGAACACUAACAGAAGGGGAACCACCUAGAAGCUUUGCACCGGCAGCUUUGGACAAGUUCUUUAAACCUGUUUUUGAUGAGAGGUGGAGGGAUGAGAAAUUUUUUGAUGACAAAGAGGAACCACUGCCCUCCAGACCAGAAGUCAUGGCUGAGUCUAAUGAUGAAGAAGUAGAUUCAGGAAUGGGGAAAAGAGAGAAAGGGGUUAUGGGUGCUGAUUCUGGUGACAUUGAGCUGACAGAGGUGACGACUUUUGGGAUGUCCCGAAUGUCACAGGACGUGGUGGAUGCUGCACCGGUGUUAAAGGUCUUAGAAGAAGACUUCUGUAGCCUGAUCAGCUGUAGAUGUUCAGAGAAGAACUCGGUUAUAGGAGAUGAUGAAGAUGAUUACAUGAACAGACCUUACUUUACAUACUUUAUCACCUUUGUACAAACUGUUAUACUUAUCUGUGCUUUGGCUAUUUAUGGAAUUGGUCCAUUUGGGGUUGAUGAGGUUGUAGUUCAAGAUGUGGUAUUGAAACCAAAUCUGGCUUUGGAAGCAGAGGCAAGGCGGGAGUUUGGAAACAUGUGGUUAGGUCCUAGUCAGAAAGAUUUGAUUCAUCUUGGAGCAAAGUAUUCCCCUUGUAUGAGAAAAGAUCCAAAUUUAGAAGCAGCAUUGGCAGAGCAAAGGAAGGAGGAGAGAAAUACAGGGUGUUGUGUCCGUGACGACGGGUCAGGGUGUGUACAGACCACCAUCCACAAGUGUAGUAAACUAAUCUCCACCUUUGUUAAGUGGAAUGACACCAGUAAGAUAGACAAUGGCUACAAGUCGGGGGCAGUGUGUGGUCUAGAUCCCAAUCACUGCAAGAGUCCCUCCUCUACCCCACCCUUUGAAUGGGACAAGAAAGACUUCACAAACUGGCCUGUUUGUAAAGAAACGAAGAAUGUCAGUCGUAGUUUUAAAGGUUGCUCCCAGCCUGGGUCAGACUGUCACAUGACAUGUGAUUUACUAGGGCGGCCAUGUUGUUUUGGUAUCCAAGGAGAAUGCAUGAUCACCACCAGGGAGCAUUGUGAAUUUAGACAGGGAUACUUCCAUGAUGACAAAUUUUUGUGUUCUCAGGUAAACUGCUUUGAAGAGAUUUGUGGUAUGAUCCCAUUUGUGUAUGAUGAUCGGCCUGACCAGUUUGGCAGAAUUCUGUCAGCCAAUCUACUGCAUGCUGGUCUGUUUCAUCUGUUAGUGACCUGGAUUUUCCAGUUAUGGAUUAUGAGGCGUAUUGAGCAGAUGAUUGGCUGGAUCAGAAUGAUGAUUAUCUACGUCAGUAGUGGCUGUGCGGGAACAUUAGCCAGUGCCAUACUCACACCGUACCAGGUAGAGGUGGGUCCCUCUGGAGCUCAGUUUGGUAUCUUGGCCUGUAUGUAUGUAGAUAUCGUCAACCAAAUACUUGUCAACAAGUUUUCAAAUGAAGACAAAUCAUCAGAAAAUCGAAGCCUUUGCUUUAACUUAGUUGCUUUUAGUGCAAUACUACUCGUCCUCUUCUUCUUGGGAGUCUUCCCGUGGAUGGACAACUGGUCCCACAUUUUCGGCUUUAUCUUUGGACUGUUUAUCUCCCUGGUUGUGAUGAAGGAGACGGAUGUUAAAGAGAAGGGAAUAACGCGCGUCCACGUAGUCAUUACGUUUGGGAUUUUGUCCCUGGCCUUGUUUCUAUUCCUCAUCAUUAUGUUCUAUGCUGCCCCUCUGACAGAGAGCACCUGGUUACAAUACAUCAAUUGUAUUCCCUUCUCAGACACCUUCUGUAAAAACAUGGAUGUCACUAUUAAUAGGGGAUCAACAUAUUCAAAAUAUGUUAAGUAAAUCUGGUUGUAUUUUUUGAUUUUUAAUGCAGCAAUGAAUUAUUGUUUUCUUAAAGAAAAUGAAUGUUUAUAUUGUCGAGGAGAGCAGCAUGAGAUAGGAUUGUAUUAAGCCUUUUUAUCAGAAUUUUCUUUAUUUAAAGUAUUUAAAGCAUAAUAGCAAACAUAUUACAUGUAUGUAUGAAUUUCAUGAACUCAGGUGGUUUUGGUGCCCAGAAAUUAAAUAGACAGCAAAACAAAGAGGUUUUCCUCAUGAUACUGGUGCAGAAUGUAUAGAGUGUUAUUACUGUCAAUCCUUGUUAAUCCUGGCACUCGUGUUCCCAAGAAAAUCAUCCAGAUUAAUAAAGCAUCUGGUUUACUGAAACAAUAAUAAGUAUAUAUAAUUAUAAAUUCUGUUUGACAGAAACAUCAUGGAUCUUUGGCAUCUGAAUUAAGGAAGCUCCACUGAUACACUUUUGAUAUUGUAGAAAGAUAGAUUAACCUUUAGCUGAGUAGAUAAAAAGGACACUGCUUUUAACUUCUAUAAACACAGAAAAAUUGCAAAGGUUUUUUUUUAACAAAACCUCUCCAUUGGAGUUCAUUUUGCUUUUAUGAAUAAAAGUUAUGAUAUCCAUACACCUUACAAUAGGAAUUCUUAUCCAUUGUGUGUGUAUAUUUAUCACUUGCAUGUAGAUUUUGCUUGCUAUUGCGGUAAUUGAUACCUUAUUUUAUGUUGAACAGUUAGAUUGGUGCAUUGUAUGUAUAUGUUAAUACAUGUAAAUUAAAUAAAUUCUUGUUAACCUUUGUUUAAGGCCAACCUUGAUUGAUAAUCAUUGAAGAUAGCAAUAAAAAAAAACUGUGAUUAGCAUUACAUGAACAUUGUGAAGAUUUUUUUCCUCAGCUUUAAUUUUGAUUGAUUAAAUUCACUGUACUCUGAAAUACCUCAUGUUUACCAAGAUUUUCCUUUGGUUUGAAUAUUACAGAGCACUUGCAAUUUUUCUUGAUCAUGUCCCAUACCCAUUUUAUACCUACAACUGUAUAUAGUGUAGUUUAAGAAUUCUUUAUAUUGAGUUUACUUUUUUAAUGUAUUUUAUCAAAUUUACAGUGUGAUUUCAUUAAUUUUUUACUUACUCAUACAUCCUCUCUAAUUUCAUGUCUAUUAAACCCCUGAUAUUUGCUCAAUGUUCUGUUUUUCUUCCUACGAACCACACAUAGUCAUUUUUUCCCUAAUGUUUACGUACGUUGAUGUACAUACAGUAUUUCUAAAUACAUGUCAUCAUGGUGAAGAACAGAAAAAUUUGGUCAGGUUUGCAUGUUAAUGGGUUGCAUUUACAUUUUAUUUAGUGAGGUAUUUUACCUUUUCUUUGUUUAUUGUUACAAAUAGUGUUGUAAGUCAUUUUGACACAUAUAUUUUACUUCAAGGUUAGUGGCACUGGAUUCUAUUCAGAGCAUGUGUAUUUAAUUAAUACAUGAAUACUAUUGAUACAUGUAUGUAGUUAGUAAAAUGUACAUCAUAUCAGUAGUUAGAAAGACAGUAGGCGCUUCCAUUAACACGCUGGAAAUGAAACUGGCCUCGAGACCAUUAACUGAGAACAGGCUUAAGUCAAAAUUUUGAUUUUGAAAAUCUUGAGUUUUAUUUAAUAUGUGUGCUUAAAAAUUUGCAGUUUUGCAUAAUAUUCUAAUUUUAACAUAUGAUGAAAAUUUUAUUUUCUUAUCAAAAUUAUUUCAAAAGUUAUAUUGAUUUGAAAUUUUGACUUAAGUCUAUUCUCCGUUUAUGGUCUUGGGGCCAGGUCAGCUUUUUUUUUUUUUUUAUUAUUAUACUAGUACCAAGAUAAUAAAUCUAGUACAUGUAAUGUCUAUUCUUGCAAUUCGGAAAAUGAAAUGAAUGAGUUUUUAGUUUUCUUAGAAAUAAAAAACACAAAAACA